UGCGGGCUGUGCGGGGAUGGGGAUGUGUGGGAUCUUGCUGUGCGGUGUAGGGGGCGGCCUGCCGUUAGCCGUGCUGCUGGCUGUCGGGCUGGGGUUGUUGUUGGCUGAUGAGGUUGCUUUCCGUUGCCCCCCGUGUGGGGCUGAGCAGCUAGCGGGCUGCAGCUCUCCAGCAGGCUGCAGGGAGACAGUGCGGGAACCGGGAUGCGGCUGCUGCUGGAGCUGUGCCCGGAGUCUGGGGGAACCGUGCGGGGUCUAUACCCCUCGCUGCGGGGCUGGGCUCCGCUGUUACCCCCGCAGCGACACCGAGUACCCGCUGCAAGCCCUGGUGCAGGGGCAGGGGCUGUGCGGGAGGCGCAAGGACCUGGAAUACAACCGCUCCCGGGACACACACUCCGGUGGAGAGAGGCAGGAGGAGCAGCUGAGCCCUGAGCUCAUUGACAAUCACUUGAAUUACCCAAACACCAGUGUUAUGGGUCGGAAGCCAGUGAGAGUGGGAUCGAAGACAACGGCAGUGAUUCGGGAGCAUAACAACGUCCAGUGGCGCUCGAUGGAUCGAGGAAGCAAAGGCAGUGAGGAACCCAGGAGACCCUGGCCCCAGCUGACAACUUGCCAAAUAGAGCUCGACCAGGUCUUGGAGAGGAUUUCAUCGCUGAGGCUUCUUGAUAAACGAGGUCCUUUGGAGCAUCUCUACUCACUGCACAUUCCGAACUGUGACUGGCGCGGUCUUUAUAACCUCAAACAGUGUAAGACGUCACUGAAUGGGCAGCGGGGGGAGUGCUGGUGUGUGAACCCCCACACUGGGAAAGCCAUUCCUGGGACCCCAAGAGUGCGGGGUGACCCCGAGUGUCAUCGGUGCUGUGCUAGUCCGGACCAGAACGCUGACCCACAGCCUCAAGCCACUGCCUAAAAACUGAGGGAUGGGAGGGUGUGGGAGUGGGGAAAGGUACAUAUGGGGAUGGGCUCCAUGGGGGCGGUGACCAUGGGGAAGGGGACGCAUGAGAGAGGGGUCCAUGAUGAAGCAGUGCAUGGGGAAAGAGACACAUCGGGAGGGGUAGCCGUAGGAAAAGGGUCUAUGGGAUGGAUGGGUGGGUGUUGAGACGGGGAGGUGUUUCAGGAACAGAUACAAUGAGUAAAUGUGAGUUAUUCUGUGAUGGAACUUGAUGAGGAGGUGGAGAUUGGAUGAUGACCUGGUACAAAAAUACCAAGAUCACCUCCAAAUGCUCCCAUCAGCAGCUCCCCUCUUCACACAACACAUCGCUGCUUAUGUAUUAAUGCUGCAUUUAUCAAGCUCAUCUCAGUCACUGCCGCCAUCCGUGGGGUUGGGAGGUGGCGGUAGUGGGUGGAGUUUAUACGCAGGAUGGGUUGGAGUCUGUACAUGGUAUAGUGAUUAUAAUAAUGUUAGCCAGUUCCCUGAUUGGGGCUGUUAAUCUGGUCCUGUCAGGGAGCCCUGGCUGACAGGUAAGGACAGGUAUGCGUGAGGCUCUGUUCACACUGAGAGUUGGCUCAGUGUCAAGGAACUUCUGUGUGUAGAUAAAGGGUGGCCUGAUGAUGGAGAUACUGGCCUCUGUGGGGUUAUCUCAGUGGCAACGAGAGUAAAGCAUGCUCCUGAAGAAAUCUG